CCGUUUCCGAUUUUCGGCUUUUAAUUUCUACCCCCCAUUUUUUGCCUCGAUUCCCGAGGCACCGUGUUCCGUCGUGCUAUCGGAACUCAAGCCCGCACCCCAAGUGGAUCGAAGAAAGUUCCGAUCACAGACGGCGGCGGCAGCGACGACGACGUCGGGAGUGAAAUUCCGGUGCACCGAAACGAAAGGGUGCUGCCACGUUCGGUGUGAUCAUCCGGAUCGUGUUCCGCGGAGCGUUACGUGUGUCCGUCGUUCGCGUGUGGCGUGAAAAGAAUCAAAUCGUCGAUUAAGGAGCAAACAGCAGCCGCAAAAUGGAUCAGGAUAGCGAAAACAACGACAUGAGCGCAAAGUUCUCGACGCUCAACGUGAACGCACAAGAGUUUGUGCCCAGCUUUUGCAGUCCGAGCACAACGACGGCCCCGACACAGGUAGCGGCGCCCGCUACGGCGGUGGUAACGACGGCGGCCACUCCAGCGCCAACGGUGCCAACGUCGGCCCCGUCGAGCGGCGGAAGCAGCAGCGGAGGGGGCGGUGCCGGUGGUGGUGGUGCCACCACUCCGACAUCAACAGCGGCCACGCCAACGCCACCGUCCUCGUCGGCACCGACGCCCAUGGAGAAGGGCGACGAUGAUGCGGUUAAAACUCCCGAAAACAAUGAAAGUGAACCCCUAGACAGCUGGGACGCGGAAGAGGACUCGAUCCUGACGCCCGAGGAUGAAGAGAUGGAACUGGAGGACGGCGAGGUGGACGGUGACGCGGCACCGAAAGUGUCGAAAAAGAAGCCACCCAAGGUUGAGGAAAGUCGAAGCAAAAAGGAACACGUCAACGUCGUGUUCAUUGGACACGUCGACGCCGGUAAAUCCACGAUCGGUGGACAGAUCAUGUCCCUGACCGGCAUGGUGGACAAGCGGACACUCGAAAAGUACGAACGCGAGGCACGUGAAAAAUCGCGAGAAAGCUGGUACUUAUCGUGGGCCCUCGAUACCAAUCAAGAAGAGCGGGACAAGGGAAAAACGGUGGAAGUUGGUCGUGCCUAUUUUGAGACUGAAAAGAAGCAUUUCACCAUCCUCGACGCACCGGGACACAAGAGUUUCGUGCCCAACAUGAUUGGUGGGGCGGCCCAGGCCGAUCUGGCGGUGCUCGUAAUCUCCGCCCGGAAGGGCGAGUUCGAGACCGGGUUCGAUCGGGGUGGCCAAACGCGAGAGCACGCGAUGCUGGCGAAGACGGCCGGUGUUAAGCAUCUGGUGGUGCUGGUCAACAAAAUGGACGACCCGACCGUCAACUGGGACGUGGAGCGAUACAACGAAUGCAAGGACAAAAUCUUACCAUACCUCAAGAAACUAGGAUUUAAUCCACUCAAGGAUCUAACGUUUAUGCCGGUGUCCGGCAUCACCGGGCAAGGGCUGCGGGAGCGAAUCGAUGACUCCAUCUGCCCCUGGUACGAGGGACCGGCCUUUAUUCCGUUCAUCGACGAGCUGCCGUCGCUCAACCGCAAAACCGAUGGCCCGUUCAUCAUGCCCAUCGUCGACAAGUACAAGGACAUGGGAACGGUGCUCAUGGGCAAGGUGGAAUCCGGCAUGGCGAAGAAGGGCACCAACCUGUUGGUGAUGCCCAACAGAACUCAAGUGUGUGUCGAUCAGCUAUGGUCCGACGACGAAGAGGUGACAUCCGUGGGGCCAGGUGAAAACGUCAAAAUCAAAGUUAAGGGCAUAGAGGAGGAGGACGUCUCGCCCGGGUUUGUCCUGUGUGACGCUUCCAAUCCGAUCAAGACGGGCAAGGUUUUCGACGCCCAGGUCGUCAUCCUAGAACACAAGUCAAUCAUUUGUGCGGGAUACUCGGCGGUGAUGCAUAUACACUGUGCGGCGGAGGAGAUUACUGUUAAGGCUCUUAUUUGUUUAGUAGAUAAAAAGACGGGAGAUAAGUCCAAGACAAGGCCGCGCUUUGUGAAACAGGAUCAGGUCGCCAUCAUGAGAAUUGAAUGCUCCGGAUUGAUAUGCUUAGAGCAGUUUAAACUAUUCCCUCAGAUGGGUCGCUUCACGCUUCGAGACGAAAACAAAACCAUUGCCAUUGGAAAGGUGCUGAAGGUUGUGGAGUAAACAAACCAAAAACAAAACUCCAACACAAUCUACGUUUUUUCAACGGCAGCGAUACGCAGUGUCUUUAAACCAUCCAACAGAAAACCAGCAAAGAAAGAGAGAGUGAAACACGUAACAUGUCUACACACAGGCGGCCACACGAACUACUAAGCGCCACUGCGCCACGGGCGGGUCAUCCGAAACCGUGCUGGUGUGCACCACACACGGCGCCGCACCGUUAAGAAAGAGACUAUUGCGCGGAUACUGUGGCCACGCAGAGUAAUCAAUCAGCAUUUCCUCGUCUCGGCAACGAAUACCACUUUUUUGUCGUCUUCUAUAUAUUGCUUUCGUUGCUGCUCGUCCUAUCUGGGCUUCGCUCUGUGUGCUCGAGCUUGUCCUUUCGCUCGUGUCCUUCCCGUGCCCCUGAGUAUUUUCUCGACAAUCCAUCCCGUAAACUGUUGCUUCUACCCCCUUCCGGUUACACCAAGGGUGUGCCGACGCCGGAGUGUGUCCCUGUCCACCGGAAAAGCAUGGUGACGAAGGAAGAAUUCGUAGCGGAACCACCGCCGCCAAUGGUGGCAUGUGAAUAGAGCGUUUUUUACACCCAUCCUAUUAUCCUUUUGCGAGUUGUUAAAGAAAACAAAGCCACUGCAGCUUAUCACACAACACAAACACAGCGAAACUAAUGCGCAUCAAUUGCUUGUGGGGAGCGAAAACUCGGUAGGAAAUAGAUAAUGAAACACCACGGCUCUCACAGAUUGUAGCUUACACAGCGGACGCCAAACCAGAGAUAAGCAGCAGCACUCACACAGACACGCACACACACAGACAAUGAGAACUCAGACACACAUCCCAACAGGCAAAACCAAUUGAUCGCCACCACGCGAUUGCGGACUGAAUGAAUAUUGAAACAAAAACACUAGUAGCAUAAUAAAUGUGUGUAAAAAGGGAUCAUAACCAAUAGGGGGAAGUGCGGUGCGAAAGGCGGGACGGACGGACGGACGGGGCCCCCACAAACGGUGGUAGGUCCCCAUCGUGCUCUCUGAGUGAAUGGCGAAGGGCACACACGCGAUACUAAUAACGCAUCGGAAACAGUAACUUUAAACAGAACCAUGUACAGGACGCGAUAUGAUACAUUUGCGCGUUUGCAAGUUUCGAGAAUGCAAUAAUUGUUGCGGGUGCCCCAACAAUAAUGUCCACAGGAGAGAGGCCACCAAGAAGGAAGGUAUGUGUUUGUGUGGGUCACAGUUAACGGCAUCCGAUGAAAGUGACGUCCGCCCUUACGGAUAGUGGUGAAUAGCGGCGUGCGUGAGGCCACCUGGUAGAAAGAACUCGGGCCACCGUUAACAGCAGCAGCAGCAGGGUCGUAACUUUUAAAGUCGCUCGCCAUCGCCUGUUAGAAGAUGUAUUUCUUCGUCUUUUUGUUUCCUCUUCGUUUUACAACUGUAUCGUCACGCGAGAAGCAUAGCAAACGCGCGCGCGUAAAGCGUUUUGGGGAGUUUUGGGCGGGUGUCAUCCUGGGUGGGCAAGAGAAACCAAACUGAAUUAGACCGCUAGAAGGGGGGGAGCGCACGGCGCCACCGGUUGGGUGUAUAUUUUGGAUUGCGACACAAACAUUUGUACCGAUUGUUACACAUUGCUUUGAACAAUAUUUGAUACUAUUACGACGACGAUUAGUUCAUCCGUUUGCGACAUUGUUUGUUCUUCAAUUUUUCUUACGUUAAGUUAAGCUUUUUCGCCCGGAGUGUGCUGUUGAUAGGACCGAACUAGACGCCAGAACGCGCUCUGUAAUGGGAUAAGGGAUGCAAACGUAAUAAGAGGGGCGGUCUCAGCAUCGACACAAGUGAUAAGUGUUGGAAGGUUACGAUCGCGCGUUCGUCCCACAGCAAAGAUCAUCCAAACGAUUGUCGACAAAGCAAGCGAAGCAAAGAACGCAGCGCGCAAAACUAGUGUAGAAAGCAAUCGAAGGAUGUGUAGGGCUGUUGUUAUGGUAACUUGCGUCAGAAAAAACUGACAUAAAGAUACGAAACGAGACACUUGGGACGCAAAAAAAACGGGAUAAUAAAGCUCGUGAUGUGAAGGUCAAACAAAGAGGAAGAUGCCGGACCGAAGUGCUCCCCAGCAUCCAUAUCGCAGUACACACUCCAUUACAUUUUAUCAAAAUAAGGCGAAACACUCCCCCUAAGGCAUCGUCAUCAUUAUUAUUGAAUACUGAACAUUUAUUUGCCCUUUUCUCUUGUUUUUUAAACGUUUUUUUAAGACAGAGGAAGAGAGAAAUCAGCAACACAAAGAAGAAAACAAGUUACAAGGAAUGAAACACAUGAAAAUAAA